GUUUCCCUCCCCUGUAGCCUGUGGCGAUUCCACACGUCUCUCUAUCUCUUCCUCCUUCUCUGGCACGCCAUUCGCUUGUCAUUCAUACGAGCACACGGCGCAUUGCAGAACCACCGAGUAAAAAGGAAGAAAACCCGCCAUUGAUUGAGCCAGAAACAAGAAAAAUGUCAGCUUCAUGGAGUGUGAUGAGCUGCAUGUUCUUCGCUUGCUGCGCGCUUCUCGCUGCUCUUGCCGUCGGGUCGGCCGGGAGUUCGAAUUUGGAGUUGCCCGUCAUGUCUUUCGAUGAAGGGUACACCCACCUCUUCGGAGAUGACAAUCUGGUCCUUCACGGAGAUGGGAAGUCCGUUCAUCUCUCUCUCGACGAACGCACAGGGUCUGGAUUCGUGUCUCAGGAUCUUUAUCUACACGGGUUCUUCAGUGCUUCGAUUAAGCUGCCUGCGGAUUACACUGCAGGAGUCGUGGUUGCUUUUUAUAUGUCAAAUGGGGAUAUAUUCGAGAAAAGUCAUGACGAAAUUGAUUUCGAAUUCUUGGGAAACAUCAGAGGCAAAGAUUGGAGGGUGCAGACCAAUGUUUACGGGAAUGGAAGCGUCGGCAUUGGCAGAGAAGAGAGAUAUAAUCUCUGGUUUGAUCCCUCCGACGAUUUCCACCAGUACAGUAUUCUCUGGACCGAUUCUCUGAUAGUAUUUUACGUAGACAAUGUGCCUAUUAGAGAGGUGAAGCGAACAAAAGCCAUGGGCGGAGACUUCCCCUCUAAACCGAUGACCUUGUAUGCUACAAUAUGGGAUGGGUCCAACUGGGCUACCAAUGGAGGCAAAUACCGAGUGAACUACAAAUAUGCCCCCUACAUCGUCCAAUUCUCUGAUUUAGUCCUUCAUGGGUGUGCAGUCGAUCCUAUCGAACAUUCGUCAGCAUGCGACGCAGUCCUUCCUUCGGGAUCGAUCCCUACAGCCAUUACACGCGAACAGAAAGUCCAAAUGGAGAACUUCAGGAAGAGGCACAUGACUUAUUCGUAUUGCUAUGACCGAGCUCGGUACAAGAUUCCUCCUCCAGAGUGCAUCCUAAAUGCGAAAGAAGCCAAGCACCUCCGGUCGUUCGAUCCCGUCACGUUCGGCCAAGGCAAGCGGCGUUUCACGAAGCGUCGCCACCACCGUGCAUCAUCUACUUCCAUGUGAGUCAUGCCCACCAAUUGUUCAUUCGAUUCUACAAGGCUGUCUGCAAAAUUUUACUGUGAAUAGGCGGAGAGAGACAAAGGCGAUAUUGGAUAUUGGAUAUUGAUGUCGGGUCAAUUUCAUGUAUAGUUUCGUGAUUCCAUUAUGUUUGUGGGCCAAAAAUCUGUCAUUGGUGUUGUUUGUCUCUGGCUUUUGCUGAAUUCAAUUUGGUGGAUAUGAUUCAUGUACUUUGGGCAUACCUCAUUGCGUUUUAGCUUCAAUAAACAUGUUGUUGGCA